CGCGAGGUGACAACUGCGCACCCACAGAGUCCUAAAAGUUCUGCGUAACGCCAGAGUGCUCCAAUGUCCUCUCCGAGCGCAGCACGCGUCCCACACAAGAGGAAGACCAAGAUGAAGCACUUCGUGCAGCAGAAAGUGGAGGUGUUCCGCGCCGGGGAGCCCGUGUCGAGUGUGCUCAUGUGGGGAGUCAAUCACUCGAUCAACGACCUGAGCCAGGUGCCCGUGCCUGUCAUGUUGCUUCCAGAUGACUUCCGAGCCAGUACCAAGGUCAAAGUCAACCACCACCUCUUCAACAAAGAGAAUCUCCCAGGACAAUUUAAAUUCAAAGAGUAUUGUCCGCAAGUCUUCAGGAACCUACGUGAGCGCUUUGGCAUUGAGGACCAGGAUUACCAGGUGUCUCUGGCUCGCAGUCCGCCGCUCAAAGACGGAGAGGGAACAUGUGAGGGCCUGCUGCUUGCGUCAUAUGACCGCACUUUGGUGGUCAAAGAAAUCUCCAGUGAGGAGGUGGCGGAAAUGCACAACAUCCUUUCUGAGUAUCACCAGCAUGUUGUCACCUGUCACGGUUCUACACUGCUCCCUCAGUUCCUGGCCAUGUACAGAGUCACAGUGGAGAGUGAGGACACCUACAUGUUGGUCAUGAGGAACAUGUUCAGUCACAGACUACAAGUACACAGGAAGUAUGACCUCAAGGGCUCCCUGGUGUCUCGAGAAGCAACUUUUAAAGAGAAGGUCAAGGAGCUUCCCACCUAUAAGGACAUAGACUUCAUGAACAACCUGCAAAAGAUUUACGUGUGUGACCAGGAGAAGGAGAACGUCACGGACAAACUUAACAGAGAUCUUGAGUUCCUGGUGCGUAUGAGGAUUAUGGACUACAGCCUCCUGCUUGGUAUCCAUGAUGUGGAGAGGGCUGAGAGGGAGGAGAAGGAACUGGAGUUGGAGUUGUCUGAUGGCGAAGAAGAGCAAGAUGAAAGCAGCCAAUCUGUGGUUCCAGGCUCCACCUCACCUGAAGGCAUAGCUGGCUACAUGAACUCCUUCAAGCCCAUGGGCCCUGGGGAGUUCGACCCUUACGUGGAUGUGUACGCUAUCGAGAGCGCUUUAGGCGCACCGCGGAGGGAAGUGUAUUUCAUGGGUCUGAUUGAUGUGCUUACGCAGUACGACACCAAGAAGAAAGCGGCUCAUGCUGCCAAGGCUGUCAAACGCGGGGCAGGAGCAGAAAUCUCGACAGUUCAUCCAGAGCAGUAUGCCACGCGUUUCAGGGAGUUCAUCGCUAAGAUAUUUGCCUAGCAGAACAAAGAGCCAUUAUGUUUUCACACAUACAGGAUGGAGAAUGCAAUCCUUAAAAAGGUCUUAAAUUCGAUUUUCCCAAAUUCAUUGAAACUUAAUCCUUAAAUCUGCUGUUCAAAUGUUUUCAAAAUGCAGCACACACAAAGAAUGUUGUCUAUAUUUUCAUUUUGAAAACACUUUGGACUAUUUGUAGUUAGAGUUUUUAAAUUAAACCAGGAAACAAAAUAUGGUCUAUAUAGUCUUUUAUUAUAUUAUCCCAUAGUUUCUGUGUGAUUUUUAUUACUUCAAUAGUUCUUUGUUCUUGUGUGACUUUUUCAAAUGUACCUAGUAGCUUAAUUGUUUUCGUCCUCCCUUCUCAGUGUCUCUGUCAGCGUCCCCUUUCUCUCAUGGACAAGAUAACUGUGUGAAUAGGCCUUUCUUCCUUCACUCCCUCGCAUUUUAGUUUUAGUUUGUUCUGUGGGUUUCUUCUUCCGUGUUCUUCAGAGUCGGGGAGAAGCACAAAGCAACUGCAGGUUCCUCUCUUGUCUGUCUCUCUCUUUGCAAAGAUUUCAUUAAAAUGACAAAAGGCAAGAUUGUUCCCUGAUUCAAUUCCAAAACAAACUUGGUGUCAGAAGUGGGAUCUCAGGAUCGACUGUCAGACCAGGGACCGGGCGGAGACCGAUCAUCCAAGACAAGUAACUGUCUUGCCGUUUACCCGAGGCAUUAGCUAAUGUGCUUCAAUCAACAUCAAGAUUUUAUUGAAAAUGAUUAUUAAAUCAACAUUUUAUAUUGAUAUUUAUUACAUUUUCAAUGACAUGCUGAUCAAAAUAAAUAUAGCUCUUAUGUAUGGUACUAUCGAACUGUAUUGGGGACCAUAUUUUAGAAUAUCCAUUUUCCGCACCGCUUAUCGUCACUAAGGUCAGUCCUGUCCUGUCGCAUGCAGAUGAGCGACUUCUUACCCCACGCCCCUCAUCUGCUGCAUUUAAAAGCAUUCAUCUUCAAUUAUAUUUUCAUUUGUGGAGGUGGCACUUCAUCACCAAGCUCCUGAAUUACACUUUCAUAACUAGAAUGCAUAUCCUUGUAUGUAGCACAUGCAGCAGACACAUCGCCACAGUUGGGCAAAAUUCAGAAUUUUGCCAAACAGAGCAUUUUUAUUGUCUCUAUUUAGGAUUUUAUAUGGGUCAUUCUUAACAAUGUUACCUCUUUGUUGUUAUGACAAAAAAGUCUUCUUUUACUUUCGGCUUGUGCCGUUACGGGUCGCCACAGCACGUCAUCCUUUUCCAUGUAAGCCUAUCUCCUGCAUCCUCCUCUCGAACACCAACUGCCCUCAUGUCUUCCCU